UUUUGCUGAUAUAUUCACAAGGAGUCGCCAUCUUUCUUUUGCAUCAGCACCAGCAAAAAUUCAAGCUUGUGAAUUUCGCAAGAAUAGUUAAUUUUCUUGAAAAUAACUUCAAUAAAUAAAAUAAGAAUUUAUUCAUAUUAAAAAUAAAUAUACUUCCAUAAACUUAGCUGGAGCGCCAGCUGAAAUUCUUUGCGGAGACUUCCGCACUUCUUCAGUACGCUGAAAACGUGAAAUUGCUUUAAAAUUAAAUUGGAUCUAAGUCUACGUAUUUUCUUCAAGUGUUAAACCAGGCAAGCUCCAGUUUAAAUCAAGCGCGUAUUAAAUCGAGUGUAUUAAACAAUUCAAUAAAAAAGAAAAAACCAAGUGAAAGUUAAUAAGUAACCAUCGAAAAUUUCCAUAAUGUCUGCAUCAAUAAGUAAAAUUCAUGUAACGAAUUCAACCGGAUUGUCGUUGAAUGAACGUUUCACUGCAGUGCAAGAUCGACGUCGUGAUGUUCCGGAGCGAGUUUUGCGUCCUCCAGCUCGUGAUACCUCUGUGGCUAAUCGUCGUUUACUGCAGCAGUUAGCCAGGAGGCAUAAAAUGCAAGCAGCCCUCAAAUUGAAGCGCAGAAGCAUGCGCCCCAUUGGAGGAAGCGUUGCCAUGAGACGCGGUUCUAUAAAGGCAUUGCGUGUAGCAGCCAAUGGAAAACCGAUCCGAACCAAUAGCCUGACCACCGUUGCAACAAUGGAAGCCGAUUUGAUAACUAACAGUCAGCGCGCCAUAAACAGAUCCCAGCGACGCUCAAAUUCCGUUUCGAACCGUUUAGGCUCGCGUCGUCCGUUGGUCGGUGGUGCUGCCCAACGCAUUGCACAACGACGCAUACAACGUACAAUGUCCGGUUCAGGUAUGAUGAAUGAAAUGCAGAGACGUGGUCGUUCUCGUAGUCGUUCUCGCGCCCCCGUAGCGGUCAUAAAUUUGACACGCAGUCGCUCACGUAGCACAGGUCGCGGCAUACCGGUAGGCACACAAAUGCGGGGCCGUUCACGUUCACGUCAACGUACACGGAGCCGUGUCAACACCAACGCCAACACCAGAGCUAAUUUACCGAUAAAAGCCCGUUUGGGUUUGCGUCCAGGAGCUAUUGCCCGCCGUCGCCGUAGUACAAGUGGCAUACGUGGCGUUGCACAAGGACGCAUACAGCGUAGACGCAAUUCAAAUUUGGCUGCUGCAGUUGGCGGACGCGCUGGCCGUACACGGGGAAGACCAGUGGUUAGAAACGCAAACGCAAACGCGAAUGGACGUUCUCGUUCACGUACACGGAAUGGCGCACAGGCUCGUGUACAAUCGCGUGCACGUUCACGCCCACGUGGGGGAUCUGUGGUAGGUCAGCGCAAUACAGGAUCGGUUCAGGGUGGUCGCGCUCGUGGACGCAGUCAACAGCGACGAGGAGGUCGUGGUGCAGGGAUACAAAGAAAUGGUAAAGCUAAUGGUAGUAGUAAUGGACAACAACAACAACAGCGACGAGGCCGCAGUCGUAGUCGGGGUGGACGUGGCGGUCGUAGCCAAGGUAAAAACGCAAAGCCGGGUGUUGACAAAGAUAAGCUGGAUAAGGAGUUAGAUCAAUAUAUGGCAACAACAAGAACUGAGAACAGCGACUAUCUAUUGAGGAAUUAAGCCAUCUAUGGAUAGAAAAUAACCACCGUGAGAUAUUUAGAUUAGUUAAAAAAUUAAUAUUUAUUAGUCAUCAGAAAGAAGCUUAGGCCUACUCUAAUUAACAUACUCGUAUUUGUAUCUUAUUAGUAUGUAAGUUUGUUUUAUUAAAAAAAAUGAUGCUUUUAAUUUCCGAUAAAGCAAGGUAGCAAAUGCUCCUCUUAAAUUAAUGUAUAUAUUUGAAAUUAAUUUUAAUUAAGAACAGUGAGUUCUUUUAAAACCUUUAAAAGGAAAGCGGAUUUAAGUUAAUUUGUUAAUAUAUUGAAGUAAUGAAUAAAUAUAUGUAUUAUGCAGUUACGAAAGUGCAUAAAAUA